UCACACAAUCUCUUUGCCUCCUCCUCUUUUCCCGACAAACAGGAAGUUCGUUUAAAACAAAAUAAGCGAAUAUCCGGGCACUAUCGGUCUGGGUGUGUUGUCCGAGAGAAGGAGAAGGCAAAGAGAUCACAUCGAGCAUAUUCUUCCUUUCUUUCUUCCUUCCUUUCUUUCUCAUCGAUUCGCGGCGCGAGCUACCUCGGCCCGUUAUCCGUUAUCGAGCCCUUUCUACUCUUGAAAGCAGAACGCGAGGACGGUAAGCGACGCUACGGCAUGGCGAACGAGAUCGUUCGAUCUCUCUCUUUCGCAUCCGUUUCGUGAACAGCUGAUUCAUCCAGCGUUAUCGGGGAAGAGAAACGCCAGGGUUUCCCACAUACGUGUUUUCCUGAACGAGCUACGAGACGAGAGUCGGCACGCCGUGUUUCCACACGACUUCUCCGCCCUAGGACAGCGGACGGCCAUGCCUCCGGAGAAAUCCGGAUCCCGGAAAAAUCAAUGCUGGGGGGGUGCAAUGUGACAGCGCGUCGUGAAGCACAACCAGGGCUGUCGUCGACUAUGCGACUGAUCGCGAUACGACACGGGUAUUAGGUUAUGUCACGACGUCUGACAAUUGUAAACACACGUACCCCGUCCCAUUGAUUGUGUAAUACAGCGUCAAUGAGGCGACGCGACUUGAAGACUAACAGGAUGCUGAAGCUGGACGAGAUCGAGAGCGAGAACCUGCCCAAAAAAACGAGAAAGACCACGGAGGAGAAGAAGAGCAAGAGCCACAGAAAGAGUAAGCAUGCCAGUAGCAGUGGGCGAAAAUUACGAAGCAGCGUGGAGACUGUUCCACACAAAGUGGAAUCUCAAGAACAGGAGACAUCGCUAGAUUUGUUGUAUCUUACGAAGCAUCCUUCUGAAGUAUCCUGUAAGAUCGAACCAUCUGUGUCCAAUGAGGACAAUUACAUUCUAAUGCCUCCCUUAGAGGCUCUCGAGGAUGCGGAAGUGAGGAUGGAGGAACUGCUUGAACAGAGUAUGCAUAAAAUCUCCAAGAAUCAAAAGAACGGCAGGUGGAAGCACAGUUACAACAAGAUGGUAUAUUUGCGGAAGUACGUAGCUAACAGCGAUCAAGCGACACAGGAUGAAACCAGCCAAAGCACAUCUUCCGAGGAGCAUGAACGUAUCCCUAAAAUCGAAUGUAUCACGUACGAAAACCUGGAAAAGAUGAAAAGGGACAAGAAGUGGACAAAAAAGUUAAAUCCUCUUUCCAUGCAUUAUACGGAUACAACCGCAUGUGGCGCAACGUUCUUCAGUCCAAAUACGUAUCAGAGGCAUUUGCUUUCACACUUGCAUAUGAUGGCGGAGAGUUACAUGUGUAAUUUUUGUAAUUAUUCGAACGCAGAGCCCGGAAUGUUAUUUGCUCACUUGACCAAACAUCAAAACCAAUGCGAGUCCUGCAACGAGAGCUUGUUGCGCAAGGAUAACUAUGAAAAGCACUAUCAGUGCUCGAUCAGCAUAUUGGAAUGCGGCCUGAAACGCGAUCAUCAUGGAAUGUUUGUCUGUACGGUUUGCGAAUUGGUAUUCGACCUCUUGGCUCAGCUGGAAAAACACUGGUCCAAGCAUACCUGCAAGAAACAAAAGUCGUAUCAGUGCAAUGAAUGUAGCGGUAUGUACGAGAACACGGAGACCCUGGAAAAUCACAUAUGCCUCAAGUGUCCCAUUUGCGGCGAGGUCUACGAGAGUCUUCAUCGACUGAAGAUACACACAAUGUGGACAAAACACAACCUGAAGUGUCCUAUCUGUUCUUACGAAUUUAUUCUCUCCAUGGACCAUGAGAAGCAUAUGGCCCUACAUAGAAAAGUUUAUCAACCCAUGAAAGAUUACAUGCAUUGUUUACGCGCGGUCGACGGUAAGACGUUUCAAUGCAAUUUAUGUGACAAAAUAUUUUACGCCUUACCCGCCCUUCUUACGCAUCUCACCGAGGACCACAACGUAGGGAAUGUAAAAGUGGAAGAGGAGAUGGAAGACGACGCUUACGAAUUGAAGGGGGAUGCUAUCGAUAUUGUUGUAGUUCCUGAUUUCAAAGAUUCCGAUAGUUACUAUGACAAUGAGAUCGAUUCUUUGCAACAGGAAACCGAUCUCUACGAUCCGUCAUAAAGACAAAAUAUUACUUGAGCUUGAAUCGUGAAAAUAAAAGCAACAAACUUUACCUGUGAAUGGUCGUUAGCUUUUAUCAAACAUUUCGAACAUUCUCGUAAUAGUGAUACUCAAGUCGGAUU